AUGCACGUGUAUGGCACAGUGCAGGAAACAAAACAAAAGGCUUGUCUUCAUGUUCAUCAAUUGUAUCCGUACUUUAUGUUGUCGUUUCCUCAUGAAUUAUUUUCAUCAAAUUCUAAUCAAAAUAAUAGUAAUAUUAAUAGUAGUAAUAAUGAUGAUAGUGAUGAUUUAACAAGCAUUUAUCAAAAUAUGGACAUGAAAAAAGUUAAUCAAUUCAUUUCAGUUUUGGGAGCAAGUAUUGAAGAUACCUUUCAUCAAUCUCUUUUUGGACACACUCUCAAUCAAUACGAAAGGACAUUGAAGAAUAAUCCACAACAACAGCCUUCAUUUCACAUUCACCCGAGACAAUUUGUUCAUGAUAUUGUACUAGUUUCUGGAAAACCAUUUUAUGGUUAUUGGUUCAAUCACAAGUUAUUUCUAAAGGUUUAUGUGUACAAUCCGAGUCAUGUUGGAAAGAUGGCAGCCAUGUUUGGGAAUGGAACUGUGAUGGGUCAUCGUUUUUCAGUCUACGAAGCACAUAUCCCAUUCCCUCUUCAAUUUAUGAUGGACUAUAAUUUGUAUGGUAUGGGUGAUUUGAGUGUGGAAAAGUUGUACUUUCGUUUACCAUUCAAUUCGUUUCGGGAUGAUAUGGCUGCUGACAAAAUUUCAAGUCAGAAUGCCAUUCAAUACGGUACCAUUCUUCCAGAUAAUGUCAAACGAUUGUCUAAAUGUGAAAUUGAAAUGGACGCCUUUUCGAGGGAUGUAAUGAAUAGAAAAGAUAUUGUGGAUUUGCAACUUUCGUUAGAGGAUGAAAAGGAAGAGUCUUUUGGAAAGGAAAGAAAAUUGAUUCGAUCUCUUAAUGUUAUUUGGGAAGAAGAAAGGAGAAGAAGGCGAUCUUUGGAGAAGGCUUCUCAACCAUUCAUUCCAUGUUCACCCUUUGAGAGGCAAGAAAAAAGACCACAAAAUGAAUUGGAAGGAUACAUGUAUGACAAUUUGAUGAAAAUAGUUGAAAAUAUGAAUAGAGAUGAUAACUAUGAUGCAAAACAUCAGGUUGAGCAAGAAAAUGAAUCUCUAAUUCUGACAAGUCAACUACCAAAAGCUUUCAGUCAAAAAUCGGCAACUCCACAGCAACAAGACUCAAAUCUCAAAAAAUCACAACAAGAGCUGAAUGAUUUCCUUUCAAAAUUUCCAACAGCCUUUCAGACCUAUGAAGAAAUUAAAGAAAUUUAUCUAGCCUCUCGAGACAACUCAUACUUUGGGCAAGGUAAUGCACUUUUUAAUAUUCAACUAACACAGGGAGAUUUAGAGUUGGAAAAUGUAUUGAAUUGGAUGAGAGACAAGGAUUUUGAAUUGAAGGAGGAUGAAUAUAAUAAUUUGGGAGAUUACCAAGAGGAUGAAGAAGAUAAUGAAGAGGAGGAGAGUGAAGAUUCCCUGAUUCAAGACGAGCAAGAAAUGCUCAACUCAAUGAAGGAAGUUUUCUCUGGUAACGAACAAAUAUUCCACGUCGAUGAAGAGGAAGAACAAGUUUCAGAUGAAGAGUGGAAUGUAUCAUCUGAUAGUGAGGGUGAGGAUGUUGUUGAAUUUAUUCCUCAGUUUGAUGGUACGCAUCCUGAAACUAAAUCAAGAAAGCAAAACAAGCGUAUCACCAUUGAAUCUGUAAAUAUUGGAGAUUUUGUCUAUAUGAGAGCUCCUAAAAACUCUAAACCUUAUAUUGCAUGUAUUCUUGAUAAGAAUAACGAAAAAAAGACAAUACAAGUCAGGUGGUUCUACAGACCAGAAGAAACUAAAACUGGAGCUCGAGAUUGGACAGGAGUAAGUGAAAUUUUCCUAAUUUCACAAUCUGAUACCAAUCCCUUCGAAACUGUUGUUGGGAAAUGCAAAGUUUUGGUGGUAGACGAUUACUUUAGGAAUAUGCCACCAAAUGUGCAAAUGCCAAGCUCCCUGUAUGACCAGACAAGUCUUCCCGAGGAGUUCACUGACCACAAUGAGGAUACCUUCUUUUGCAGAUUUGAAUAUUCAGUAAGGAAAGAUGAAUACAAACCUCUGUCAUCAGAAUCAAAACAAAUUUUGCAAAACUAUGAAAGGAAAGUUCUACUGCCAGCAAAGAAACGAAAAAUAUCCUUCGCAGACGAAGAGCAGCCAAGUGAAACAGAAGUCACACCUCAAUCUACCAAUGAUAAUUUCUUUUUUGACAAUUUCUUUAGUCAAGCAAAGCAUCUGCCCCAAGAUAAACCUUCUGAAGAUAUUACAGUCUCAACACUCAUGAUGGAACAAGCUUUGGAAAGCUUUGAUCCAGAUAGGUUUAAUUUUGCAGCAAACUCGAGUUCCUCUUCAUCGAUUCAACCUACUCCUCCAAUAAUACAAGAGGAGCCUACUGAGACUAGCCCUCCUUUGGCAUCUAAUAUUGCUAAACAAGUUAAUUCUCCCUUCCAAUCACCAAUUAUCAUACCUACCAUUGCAGAAGAGGAACAACCUGAAGUACAACAAGAGGAAGAAGAGUUCUUGGAAAAGGUUUUCAAUGUGGAACUAACACCUCCAAUGAUUGACAUUUCACCACCUUCGGAAAAGUUCGAACCAUCAGCAAUUACAACAAUCUCCAACGAAACAUCUCCAAUUGUUGUAACUUUAAAUGAAACAGAUUCUUCUUCGGUGGUAAGAAGCGGAAACCUAAUUUUGGACUUUAAGGAACCACCCUCUAUUGAAGCAUUGGAGAAUGAACUGCAUGAGUCAGCUAUUGCUUAUAAAGGAUUGAUAAGGCAAAUGGAAAAUUAUCCAUUUUUUAGUUCACAUGACGAUUAUUUGGAAAGCAAAAGAAGUAGUCUAAUUAGAUUUUCUUCGAUAUUUGGAAAGAAAAAAUUGAACGAAGAAAUGCCCAAGAGCAAAGAUUAUAAGGAAUUACCGUUUCUAAAUUUCAAAUCAAAACUAAAUCCUAUUGAAAGACCUGUUCACAAAAAGUUUGGAAAGCUUAUUCUAGAUUUUGCUCCCAAACCACCUUCAUUAUCGAUGGUUUAUGAAGAGUUAUCUCAAGAGAAAAAGCCAGUAAUAGCCGAUAUCGAAGAAAUACACAGACCACUAUCUCCACAGUAUGACGAACCAAUAUUGGAUGUUGCUUCCUCACUCACAGCUAGGAAAUUACUCUCCCUGAAUAACACACCUAAUACUCUCAGGAAUAGAGCUCCAGAAUAUCAAUCCCUCUUGUCAGAAUUAUCUGUUAUGAGUGAGAGAAAAAAGAUUGCUUUCGACGAGGCAGCAAUACCUAGAGAUAAUAAGAAAAAGAAAGAUUUGGUGUCCAAGCAAAACCUAUCAGUCAUGUGUAUUGAAUGUCACGUUUUAACGAGAGCAACGUUUCUACCUAAUCCACUCUAUGACUCAGUUCAAACAAUAGUAAUCACUUACCAGAAUUGUGCGAAUAUUGCUGAGAGUUUGGAGCAUUGGCUACUUGUCAAUAGAGAAAUGGAAGCAGAUGAUGCUGCUCAGAGACCUCUUGCUUUCCCAACACAUUUUGAUAGAGUUAUAGAAUUUAAAAAUGAAAAAGACCUGUAUGAAGGAUUUAUUGAUGUACUUUGUAAGGUCGACCCAGAUAUUUUAUUGGGUUAUGAAAUUCAAACUGAAGGAUUGGGUUAUCUCAUAGAAAGAGGAUUUCUCGUGAUGGGAAGAAAUGUUUGCUUUGAAAUUUCUAGAGUUGCCAAUUUUCAAAGUGAUAAACCAAAAGUUGAUAAGAAAAAGGCCACCAACACCUCCAAUAACUUCCAAAGAGAAAAGGCCUUAAAGAAGGCACAGGAAUACGCAAGAAACAAACAGUCUGGAGUGAUGAUUAAAGGAAGAGUCGUUAUGAAUGUAUGGAGAAUUAUGAAUGGAGAGCUUAAACUGGACAUGUAUACCCUUCACAAUGUGGUUUUUAAUGUUUUGGGAAGGAGAAUUCCAUUCUAUUCACAUCAAACUCUCACCGAUCUUUCACACUCAUGCUCACACGAAAAAGAUAGUUUUGAGUACAGGGUUAUUCUUCAAUAUUAUCUGAUUAAAACGAGUGUGACCCUCGAGGUACUAAACCAUUUGGAUAUUUUGAAUAGAACGGGAGAGUUGGGAAAGGUUUAUGGAAUUGAGUUCUUUUCUGUUAUAAGUAGAGGAAGUCAGUACAGAGUGGAGAGCAUGAUGUUGAGAUUGGCCAGAUUGAGGAAUUAUGUUGCUCUUUCCCCAACAAGAAAACAAGUUAUGGAACAAGCAGCCAUUGAAUGCUUGCCACUGGUUAUGGAGCCCCAAAGCAAACUCUACACCAAUCCAAUGAUUGUCUUGGACUUUCAAUCACUUUAUCCAUCCAUUAUAAUUGCCUAUAAUUUGUGCUACAGUACAUGUCUUGGAAAGUUGGCAUUUGUGGAUAGGAAGAAAACAAAGCUAGGAACUCUGGAAAACUAUGAACCUAAUAACGAGUUGAGGAAGUUACUCCAGGAUAGAACAGGAUCGGAUUCAAUAGAAGAGGACAUUUUCAUAACGCCUAAUCAAUGCCUAUUUGUCAAGCCAAACGUAAGACAAGGUGUUCUACCAAGAAUGUGCUCUGAAAUUUUGAAUACUAGAAUUAUGGUUAAACAAGCUAUGAAGGAAACUAGCAAGGAUGAUAAAGAAACUCAAAGAAUUUUAAAUGCAAGACAGCUUGGUUUGAAACUGAUUGCCAACGUUACCUAUGGUUAUACCAGUGCAAAUUUUUCUGGUAGAAUGCCACUCUCUGAUCUUGCAGAUGCUAUUGUGCAACUGGCUAGAGCUACUCUCGAGAAUGCCAUUGAUAUUGUAAAUGAAAAAUUUCCAGGCAAGUGUAGAAUUGCUUACGGAGAUACUGACUCUUUAUUUGUGGAAUGUAUAAAUUCAACUCGAGAGGAAGCAUUCAAACUUGGAAAGGAAAUUGUCAAGCACGUUACCAAUGCAAAUCCAAGACCAAUUACUUUACAAAUGGAAAGAGUAUUCCAUCCGUCAUAUUUGGUGAGUAAGAAGAGAUAUGUAGGGAUGGCAUAUGAGAGCCCAGCACAAACUAAAGGAACACUCUUUUGUAAAGGCAUAGAGGCUGUCAGAAGAGAUAAUUGUUUAAUGGUAAGAUCUUUAAUGGAAAAGAGUUUGGAAAUAUUAUUCGAAUCAUUGGACUUUUCCAGAGUGAAAGCAUAUUUAUCAAGGCAAUUCUAUAGAAUAAUUUCAGAAAAGUGCUCGUUGCAAGAUUUCAUAUUCUGGAAAAAGGUCAAAUUGGGUUAUUACAAGUCGGAGAGACAUCUUCCACCAUCUGCAAGAAUUGCAGUCAGAGAAAUGCAACGUGAUCCAAGAGCAGAGCCAAGAUUUAAUGAAAGAGUUCCCUAUGUAGUUGUUUUUAGUUCACUGAAUCCAGCUAAAGCCAAACUCUCAGACAUGGUCAUUCACCCCAAAUAUUUCAUCGAGGACAGAAUGAAUCAAGUUCAAAAUUACAAACAAAAAUACCGAAUUCAUUACAAUUAUUAUAUUACAAGACAGUUACUUCCCUCAAUAGACAGAUUAUUUUCGCUUAGUUUUGUAAAUUGUAAUAUUUGGUACACUAAUUUACCAAAGAAGGAUAUUUACUUGUUGGCUGAUUGGAGAAAGCAAGUAUUUAGAAAGUCUAAAAACUUUAUUGAACAAUACUUCCAACCUUUGAGUAGGCCUUGCUCAAGUUGUGGAAAGAUUAUUGACAGCUCAAAGAAGGAUGUUACCGUAGAUUUAUUAUGUUCUGAUUGCAAUAGUUAUCCUCUUAUUUUAUUAUUAAGAAGGAGAGCAACAGAGAAGCGUUUAAACGAGCUAAAAGAACUCUGUAGAUAUUGUAAUCAUAGUCUGGAUAUGACAAAUGGUUUACUGCCAAACUCUAGCUUUUCCAUGGAGCAAAAAUGCCUAUCUCUCGAAUGUCCUAUUCUCUACUCUAAAAUGCAGUCAUUCAACAAUUUGCAAUCGUUAAUGGAAAUAAAACAGGAAUUAAUCUAGUUUUUCAC